UUUUUUUCGCAGAUACUAAAAAAAAGGAAAGGCAAAAUCUUGUUCCCCUGGAUUCUUCUUGUGGAUUCAGGGAGCUACAGACCAAACUGAGACUGUGUUGGCUUCGGGAAAAAUAAGAAUAAGAGAAGAGGGUUAGAAUUAGACUGAUUCAAAAACGUUUUCUCGACUAAAAAGUGAUAUCUAAAUGUGAGUCUCGGAAAAAUAAACUCCAGGAUGCAUAAAGGUGACGUUUUGAGUCACUUCAGCAGCUAUGUUUUCACUCUCGCAGGGUGGAGGAUAUGAGUGUUUUGGUUCAUUCAUGAAAGAGGAAGAGGAUUAAACUCAUGGACGUGAAAGCACCAGUGUGAACACACCUAUACUUUCUCUAACAUUGGUGUGAGUUUUAAUGUGUGACUGGAGAGGAUCAGAGUGAGAAGACAGAAGGUAAAUUGGGAGGAAUGGGAGGAAAUUGGGGAGCAACUACUUUUGUCAUCCUCACUUUACUUCAUAACCAAGGUGGGUUGCAUGUCUUGUAUUUUAACUUUCAUUUGGUAUGAUGGACUUGAACGAGAUACUAGAUUCUUGAUUGUGUGGUUUUGCCACUAAAAUAGAUUGUUCUGGCUUACAGCUCUUAUCAGUGCCCAAACCACAGUUGGCGGCACAGAAGGUCAUAGCUUUGACUUCAGAUGUGAGUAUCCAGCCAACCUGGAGAAAAAUACCAAGUACUUCUGCCUUGUUGACAACAAUGUCUGCAAUGCCAAUACCCUAAUACGGACAGAAACUCAAAUGCAGCGGGUGAGAGUGGGACGAUUCUCUAUGUUUGAUAACACCACGGGAGGCUUUUUCACUGUCACGGUGGAUAAGCUGACUUUCAAGGACAGUGGGAUGUACUGGUGUGGAGUGGACAUCAAAUUAUACCCUGAUCGCAUCACUGUCAUACAACUCAAUGUUUCCCAAGGUACCAUGUGUCAUUCAGCACCAACAUCAACAUAUGAGGCACUUUUCAUGCAUAUGCAUAAAAUACCAGCUCAAUAGGUUGCUUACAAGACAUGUCAUUUACAGUUUCUGUCUGAGAGGGUCGUGUUUUAAAAAAAAGCAGGCUUUUACUCUAAAAGAGAACUGAGUAAUGUUUUUCCCCCCAUGCAUGUUCCUCUCUAUGAUUUUUCUAUUUGUAUAAAAGAACUUAAGCAUGUGAUUUUAAAGCAGGAAACUAAUAAGAAAGGUAGCUACGUGUGGUGUAAUACUCUUAAUGUUUACUUUACAGCUACUGUAUCUCCACCGACUGACUCCCCAAAGGAAUCUACAGUCGACAGUAAGUGAUAAGUCCAGCGUGUCCAUCUCAGUGUCUUCAUCAGUAAAUCAUACCUACCUGGUACUUUAUGUCAGGGAACUUCUAUCUUACUAUUGUGAUAGACCUGACAUACGUAAAUCCAAGCAUCUUGCAAGAGUGGUGUGGAAAAAUCACUGUGAGCGGGCAGAAAUAGUGAGCAGAACCAGACCCAGCCAUCUGCCCUGACUGGACAGGACGAGAAAAGGAAGUGAUGGGAGGGACGAAAGAGAAAUGGAUAGAAACAAACAACCUAGACAGGAACAGACACACCAGCUGAUAAUACAGGCUAUGCAAACUAAAAUAUCAACAACAAAAUGACCGUAGCAUUAAAAAACACUGAGACUUUUCAGCAGGUACAAUAAAGCAUAAUGACCUGAAUUCAUAGUGUUCAGUAUGUCGAACUGACUCUUUUUCAUGGUCAUUUUUUUUUGUUGUCUCCCCUGCAGGGCUCCACGCUCCACUCUACCUGACUGCUGUGAUGUGUGUGGCAGCGAUAUUUUGUGUGUGUAUGUUUACACUUUGUCUCCUGCUGGUUGUUAAACAGCAAAGAUCCAACGCACAGCGCAACAGAGAGGUUUGUCUAUCACAGAAUCUGAACCACACUGGCAACAUGACUGUAGGUCUGGAUCAUUUGCUUUAGUUUGGUACAAACAUACAAUUCGCCUUAAGGGUCUAAUUUGCUUGGUUUUCCUUUUCAUAACUAAAUACUUGCAUCACAAAUAACAUUUCACUCAUCUAUAUGUGGUGUAAACCCACAAAACUUCAACAGCACUCUCAGUUGUUUCAAGUUUUCAAGUUCAGCAUGAAAUUUAAACCUCUUGAUAUCAGUUGCGCAAUGCUAAAUACUCAUUUUGUGUAUGUUCAUACAGCACUGUGUAUUAUACUCACAAAAGACUGUUUGCUCUUUAAAGCUCCUUUAAGGAACUUUUGGUUUGGGUCAGUUAUGGUGCCCCCUGUGGACAACUCAGUCAGUGUUUGUCUUGUCCAUACUUGAAUGGCUGUCUUUGAAAGAAAAUCUCAUCCUGUUUACUUCUGACAGUAAAACAUAUCAUUGAUUGUGAAUUUUUUAUGGGUAAAGUGUAAAAACAGGGCUAUGGGGAGGGCUGCUGGGUAGACACCCAACCCCUUGCGCUGGUUUAAGGCAUCACAAAUUAGGAUAUAAAUAUCUUCAGUCAUUUCACCAAUAGUCUGGUUUGUUUUUGGAAAUCAUAAAAAAGCAUCGAUAUGAAUUCCUGCUCCAAAAAAAAAAAAAAUCAUGCUGGUCAAAACACACAGUGCAUCACAGUUUUGAGGCUGCUCAGCAUUGCAUUGCUGAAAGAGGCUAAGCAGGGCCUGAAAACAUCAGACCAUGGGGUAAUGAGAGAAGAUUGCCAGCUGGGCUGUUUUGUGAUGCCUAGAGCCUGUCUGCUGAGAUGAGUGUUCAUGGCAAUAAGUCAAACCCAUAGUCUGUAUAUGCGAUGGAUGCCAUCUGCCUCCUCGGUGGGUGAAACCACUGCAAGAACAGCACCCUCUGGUGACGGGCUGCAGUAAAGGUCAUAAAUCCCGCCUCCUCCAGCAAUCCCUAUGGAGCUGUGGACAAACUUUAGAAAUUUAUUACACAGAAUAUAGAAUUUUCUCCCCCCCUGGUUGUGAUGUUGAAAUGUAGUUAUUGUAAGACUGGUUUGUGCUCAAGUCCUCUUUUUUCUGUGUAGCUCUGUUUUUAAAAGUUAUUAGGGGGUUCAUGUUUUCAAUGAUUAACACUUGAUACAGCCUAUGGGCAUACAAGGAUUGCAUAGCUCACCCGGGGGAUACACUGUUUGAGCCGAGUGUUAUCACAGCGACUCUCUGCGACUCUCCCGCCGAAUGUGUACAAUGCUACUGCACAAUGUUGGUUUCAGGAAAUGGAGAAAAAAUGCAUUGUUACUGAGAGCUUUUCGGCCUAAACUGUAUACUGGCGGAAGGCAGGACCAAGUUUUCCAUAGUAAAUACAGUCUAUAGGCAAACCCUAUCAGGUGGCUUGUGAUUGUGUCGUAUGAGUCCAAAGGUCAACUUGGUCCCAUUAUUCUAAACAAACCACUUUCAGUACCAACUGUAGGCCUGAUUUAAGCAAAAUUCUGUGGCAACAUUAUUUGUUGUAUCAUCUUUACUCAUGCUCAGUGGGGUUUUUCCAUCCAUGUCACUGCACUUUUUGAGAUCAUUCUUGAAUGAUUAGCUGAGCCUUUGGUGCAUGCCAGUCUCUUUUUUUUAAAUUGGCCAGUUUACUGCAAGAAAUGAGCAGCAACAAGAGGGUGAAUUGCAGCUGAACCUCACCUGAAAGCAUUUCAUAGGACAUUUUAAAAGAAGACAGUAUGUACAAGAAAAUAAUACGGAUUAAAAUGUCAUGUUGUACGUUUACGAUAUUGGACCAGUCUUCACAUACAUGCAGGAAGUCCAGACUUCACCUGUAGCAUAGGGAAUGUCUAAUUUUUGAGCAAAUACAAUUUAGAGUUGGCAUUGUAAGAAUAUUAGCAUAUGUAUGGAGCAUUUAACUCAAGCAAGUACAUCACAUGACCUCUGUUGCAAGAGGCAGUUCAGAGUUAACAGAUUUCUGUUCAUCCCAUAGACAUCAGCUGACUACGAGACAAUGGUGCCAGGUGUUACUACUGAACCUCAGCUCUACUGCAGCUGCUCCGACCCAGACUGCACUGGUCUUCCAGCUCUACCACCACCACCCCCUGAUCUCUGGUCCCACUUCACAUCAAAGCAGUCCAGCGUUACUAGUGAAUAUGUGGAUGUGGAUGUGUCGGGGCACAUCUGCCUUUACCAACAUCUGGAUCCAGGACAGUUAGAGCAGCACGUCUAUCACUGUCUGAAUAAAGAUAACAGUGUUAAAGAUGGGCCUGGAGGAGUCAAAGAGUGGAUCAAUUGAUACUGUUACAGAAAAAAUCUACAUGGGUUACAACUCUGUGAUGAUGUCUCUGUCUCUCUUACAUACUAUCAUAACUUUAUUUUAUUUUAUUAUUUUUUUUGAACUAUGUAAGUUUUUUCUUGGACACAGGAGUAUGGUGGUUUUAAUGCAAAAUCUGAUGUAGCUCUUCCCAGCUGUCACAAAAGAAGUUGUUGAUAUAAUAUGUAAGGGGUAAUCUUAAGUGAGAGGGCUGUUUUAGUAGGAUGAAACCCUGAAUGUGUUCAGUGUACGUGAUUGUUCUCUUAACACAGUUACCUACAACAGAAAAAAAAAAAAUACCUGAUGAUGGAUAAGUCUCUUCACUUAACAAAUGGACGUUUAGUUUCCGUGAUUAAAACUGUUUCCAAGGCAAUGAAAAAAUGUGUAGCAUUCUCAGGGUCAAAUAGAUGACUGAGCUGUAAUAACUCCUCAUACCUGUCCAGGUCUGUUACAUUUCACUGCUUUAUCCCAAACUGUGUUCUAUGUAGUGGAACUUGUCUGUAUUGUAGCCUUUGGCUACAGUCCUUGGUAUUUCAUUUACUUUGUUGACCUUGGCUGUUUUCCUCUUUUUUUUCCAUACAGUAAAUUGACCAAUAUUGGAUUGUCUAAUUGUUUUAUUGAUCUAUAUGAUCAAAUAAAAGUCUCUGGAGUCUGUGAUAA